UAGUCGGCGCCACGCUAUCGCCUCGAGCUCAGUGUUUGUAUACAAAUCAACACAACAACAUCGCAAUGAUAUUAUCUUUUUGUAUUUAUAAAUAAAUAAAUAAGUCAGUUGUUAAAUAAAGUACGAGUUAGUUUAUGUGAAGAUGGAUAUAAUGAAAGAACAGGACUGGCAUGGCAUAAAUAAUCUUAGCAGCCUUCAAUUGAUGUACACAGAUUUCGAUGGUUGGAUAUGUAGAUUAAAACAAUAUAUUCGAUUCAGGAACGAACUUUCUACCUCUAGAUGUUCUGAACUAAAGAGAAGCGAAGAUAAUGUACCUACAAAUGUAAUAGUUGACUUAACCUUAAAUAAUAUUAUUGCUAAUGGUAUUUCAUUAAAAGAAAUAUUAAAAUAUAGCACAGAUAAUGCAAGUAAAAUGUCAUACGUAAAAGAUAAAAAAGAAGAUUUGUUAGAAUUUGAUUUUGUUAUUUAUAGUCUUGUAAAUAAUUAUAUCAAAUGUAAACUAUGACAUUGUUCACAAAUACAGUUUUACUAUGUAUAUGUUCUAGUAAUAUGAUAUUUUUAAUUUAAUGGAGUUGGGAAUUCUUGGAUUCUACGAGAAAUUCUGUCAUAAAAAAUAGUGCUACAAUUAUCACGAGGC